AUGGCAGACGAUGAAGAAGACGAAGAACGCACCUUAUUUGUACCUCCCGAUGCGUUAAUUGAAUGGGAACGAUUCCAAUUACGUCCCAUUCCCGAUCAAUUUCAAUUUCAGUCUCAUCCUCAAUCUCAAUCUCCGUCGUUAUCAGAUCCACAUGGAAGCGGAGAAAUAUGGUCAACGAUACAUGAAGAUCACCAACCAUCCGUCGUAUUCCCUCCAAUGAACCACGAAGGCAUUCACCUUCACCAUCACCAAGAUGUACGAGAAAUCGAUAUCGAACGAGCCGUACCACCGUCCCCUGUCUCGAGUCCCCGGCCGGGACCAGUAGCGAUGGCGGAAUCCAUCGCAGUAGGGUGGUGGGAUGCGGGGAUGGAGGCUUUACGUUUCAAGUUCGUCGGCAUCGUCUCGUUCCUUCAAAGUUUGUCUUUGAACAGAGGAGGGUUACUUCGGUCACACUUCCCCCUAGCCGGCUCAGUGGUGUUGCUGUUACUAUUUUAUUUGAGGUCCCGGCGCCGGCGCCGGUUAAGGAGAGAGAGCAUCAUUGAACUGAUCCGAAUUAUCAAGGAGAAAGAUGAGAAAAUACAUCAAUUACUGCAUCAGAUCGCUCGAAUGAAUGAACUAUUGCUUGCCACGCAUCAUGGAAUUCCCAUGAUAUCCAAGGCUACCUCUGCCUGAAUCAGUAAGGCAGCUGAUCAAGAUUCAUCUGGGCAUCAUUGCUGCUGAUUUCUGGUACAAGAUUCAUUGUUUGUUAGCUAAUCAGACAAGUGCUUAUUGUAGUCUAGUAUUAUUGAAACUGGUUGUUUGCAUAACCCACAUUUAGCCCACAUAUUUGAUGCAUAUAAAUGUACAUAUGCAUGCUGCACAAUCAGAAUCAGAACAUAGAUGCACACCACCCUCUGAAUUUACUUUAUUCCAAUUCAAGAAAGCUAUG